CGCGAGAGUGAGGCCAGCAGAUAGAGCCAUCGAGAUCAGCCAUGGCCACCACCGUGAACCCUGACCCGGAGGCGGCGCUCGGCGGCGCGAAGGAGCCGAGGGGCCCAGCAAGGUCGCUGCUUGCACGGGCGCGCGACAACCUGGCGUUCCAGUCGGUGUGGCCGGAGCUGAACGGCGCCAUGGGCGACCUGGGCACCUACAUCCCGAUCGUGCUGUCGCUGGCACUCGCCCGGCACCUGGACCUCGGCACCACGCUCGUCUUCACGGGCAUCUACAACGCCGUGACGGGGCUCAUCUACGGCGUGCCCAUGCCCGUGCAGCCGAUGAAGGCGAUCGCCGCCACGGCGCUGUCCGACGCGUCGUUCGGCGUCCCCGAGAUCAUGGCCGCGGGAAUCCUGACCGCCGCCUUCGUGCUCCUCCUCGGCGCCACGCGGCUCAUGCAGCUCGUCUACUGGGUCGUCCCGCUCCCCGUCGUGCGCGGCAUCCAGCUCGCGCAGGGGCUCAACUUCGCCAUGGCGGCCGUCAAGUACAUCCGCUACGAGCAGGACCUCGGCAAGGGCAAGUCCUUGGGCCGCCGCCCCUGGACCGGCCUCGACGGGCUCAUCCUGGCCGUCGCGGCCAUCUGCUUCAUCCUCCUCGUCAACGGCGCGGGAUCAGAGAGCAGCAGCAGGAGGAGGACGAGGACGACUGUCCGCCGAGAGCAUGGCACCCAUCCCGAUGAAAGCCAAGAAGAACCAGAAGAGGAGGAAGAGACGCAACAAGGUGGUGGUGGCGGCUGGCGUUCUAUGGUUCGGCGCGCGGCGCCGGCGAUACCGUCGGCGGUAAUGGUGUUCGUUCUGGGCGUGGCGUUCGCGGUGGCGCGGCACCCGGCGGCGGUGCGGGAGCUGCGGCUGGGUCCGUCGCGGAUGCGCGCGGUGCGCAUCUCGCGGGAGGCCUGGAAGCAGGGUUUCCUCAAGGGCGCGGUGCCGCAGAUCCCGCUGUCCGUGCUCAACUCGGUGGUGGCCGUGUGCAAGCUGACGCGGGACCUGUUCCCGGAGAAGGCGCCGUCGGCGACGCCGACGUCGGUGUCGGUGACGAUGGGCGGGAUGAACCUGGUGGGGUGCUGGUUCGGCGCCAUGCCGUGCUGCCACGGCGCCGGCGGGCUGGCGGGGCAGUACAAGUUCGGCGGGCGCAGCGGCGGGUGCGUGGCGGCGCUGGGCGCGCUGAAGCUGGCGCUGGGCCUGCUCCUGGGCGGCUCCAUGCUGCGGGUGCUCUCGGAGUUCCCCGUGGGGCUGCUCGGCGUGCUCCUGCUCUUCGCGGGCGUGGAGCUCGCCGUCGCCGCCAGGGACAUGUCGUCGAAGGCCGAGGCGUUCGUCAUGCUGCUGUGCACCGCCGUGUCGCUCGUGGGAUCCAGCGCCGCGCUCGGGUUCCUCUGCGGCAUGGUCGCCCAUGGCCUGCUCAUGCUCAGGGCAUGGGCCAUGGGGGUCAGCCUCAGCUAAUUCUACUCUACUACUGCUGUAUUUUGGCAGCUAGGAUCAUCGUUGAUCUUGAUCAACAGAUCGUCCGUUUGAAAAUUGUGAGCUGUGAUUGUCUGCGUGCGUGUGUGUGCAUACAUUCCCCAGUCUGCUACUCGUUGACCGGGCAAAAUUUGGACUUGAGCAGCUUCGUUCAGAAA